GCUUAUUUGUCCUUUCGCUCUUGCCGUAGCCUCGUUUGGUGAACUAUUUUGCUGUCUAGCCUGAGUGUUUAGAUAAAAACCUAAAAACAUAAAACCACAGCCGAGCUGAGAGAGUCAGUGUUUGGUCUGCUGCUGAACUGAGAUCUCCCUGUGCUCUCCUGCGGGCUGCUCUUCAUACAAAUAGAUCCAGCAUGCCUUCUUCGUGUGACCCCUUCGUUGAUGAUAUUGAGGACAUAGCAUCCAGCCAUGACCCAACCGCCCACCAGCGUCAGUUCUCCAGGCAGAGCGUUGUUCCCCGGGUACGGAAGCGAAAGGAGCAUCUACCUGGUGAAGAGCUGCAGGCGGACAGUGUGAUCCCGGGUACACAAAAGGUGUGGGUGAGGACAUGGGGCUGCUCACACAAUAACUCAGAUGGAGAGUACAUGGCUGGACAGCUGGCAGCAGGCGGCUACAAAAUGACAGAUAACCCGAGUGAUGCUGAUGUGUGGGUGCUGAACAGCUGCACUGUGAAGAGUCCAGCAGAAGAUCACUUCAGAAACUCCAUCAAGAAGGCUCAGGAGCAGAAUAAGAAGGUGGUGGUGGCAGGUUGUGUUCCUCAGGCUCAGCCCAGGAUGGACUACCUCAAAGGCCUGAGCAUUAUUGGGGUUCAGCAGAUUGAUCGAGUCGUGGAGGUGGUGGAUGAAGCAGUCAAAGGUCACUCCGUCCGUCUGCUGGGUCAGAAGAAGGAUAAUGGCAGGCGACUGGGGGGGGCUCGAUUGGAUUUGCCGAAGAUUAGGAAGAACCCUCUCAUAGAAAUCAUUUCUAUCAAUACAGGCUGUUUGAAUGCUUGCACAUACUGCAAAACCAAGCAUGCCAGAGGAGACCUGGCCAGCUAUCCCAUUGAGGAACUUGUGGAGAGAGCCAGACAGUCCUUCCAGGAGGGAGUGUGUGAGAUCUGGCUGACCAGCGAGGACACUGGUGCGUACGGCAGAGACAUCGGGACAGAUUUGCCGUCUCUUCUUUGGGAGCUGGUGAAGGAGAUUCCGGAGGGCUGCAUGUUGAGACUGGGAAUGACCAAUCCGCCCUACAUCCUGGAGCACCUGGAAGAAAUGGCUAAAAUCCUGAACCAUCCACGAGUCUACGGCUUCCUGCAUGUCCCCGUCCAGUCAGCGUCUGACAGCGUGUUAAUGGAUAUGAAGAGGGAGUACUGCUGUGAUGACUUCAGGCGUGUGGUGGACUUCUUAAAGGACAGAGUGCCGGGCAUCACUAUUGCCACUGACAUAAUCUGCGGCUUUCCUGGAGAGACGGAUGAGGAUUUCCAGGAGACAAUGGAGCUGGUGAAGAAGUAUCGAUUUCCCAGCCUCUUCAUCAACCAGUUCUACCCGCGACCUGGCACCCCUGCAGCCAAGAUGGAACAGGUCCCGGCCCAAGUGAAAAAGCAAAGAACCAAAGAGCUAUCUGCACUGUUUCACUCCUACAAUCCUUAUCACCAUAAGAUUGGUGAAAGACAGCAUGUGUUGGUCACGGAGGAGUCAUUCGAUGCACAGUACUACGUCGCUCACAACAAAUUCUAUGAACAGGUCCUGGUUCCCAAGAAUCCUGGUUUUAAAGGGAAGAUGAUCGAGGUGGACAUCUACGAGUCCGGGAAGCACUUCAUGCGGGGUCGCCCUGUGGUGGAUGCUAAAGUCGUCACACCCUCCAUCACCCAACCCCUGCAGAGAGGGGAAGUGUCUGGUCUUUCUCAGGAAUUAAAGGAUUCAUGUCAGAAUGGCUUCCAUGCCUCUCCGGAUUCCACUCUGAAGAUCAGUCGAUCAUGGAGUCUGGAUAGUGAAGGACUGAAGCUGCUCUCAGUGGGCUGUGCUCUCCUGGCUGUUAUAGGGUUUUUCAUAUUCGAAAAACUUUACUGAUACCAUGUGACAUCGCAUACAGAGGAAGGAGCUACAGAUCAGAGGAGAAUCAGAGUUAAUGAAGAGUUAAAGUCAAAUGAAGCACACUGGUUCCUGAGCUUUUGGACUUACCUGACUGAGGACAAUAAGGAAUGUGCUAUUUAUUUUAAAUUCAGAUUUAAAAAAUUAAAGGGGUUUAUUACAUUUUACUUAAGAGGUGUAUUUGUUUCUGCAGGCGUACAUAAUGUUUUAGAUAUAACAUUUUGUAAUGUUAUUGUUUUAGUAAAGUUAUCAGGACAGUUUGAACGUUUUUAAUUUUUAACUUUUUUUUUUGCUGUGUCUCAUUGUUGGCAGGCAGGCUUAUUUCUUUUUUUUUUCUCCCUGAUCUUUUUUCCUCAACAUAAAUCAACCCUAAUAAAUGAGACUCUGCACACUC